GUGCUACUCCCACAAAUUCAGGACUUUUGUUCCUUAGAUUACCUCCAACAGUUGCUGCUCUUGGAGGUUCUUAUGGAUCUAGUCUAAUUAUAAUAAGAAAUGAAUGUCAAAUACGACCAAAAGCAAAGACCUUAGCCCAACUUGAACUUGAAAUCGCACUGGUUCCUCUUGA